GGCGCGCGCUCUCGUGGCCUGCUGUCCGGCGGCGCCAACCGAAGCGCCGCGCCCGUGCCGACAUGCUGCGCCGCGCUCUGCUCUGCCUGGCCCUGGCCGCGCUCGCGGGCGCCGGCGCCCCCGACGAGGAGGACCACGUCCUGGUGCUCAACAAGGGCAACUUCGACGAGGCGCUGGCAGCCCACAAGUACCUGCUCGUGGAGUUCUACGCCCCGUGGUGUGGCCACUGCAAGGCUCUGGCCCCGGAGUAUGCCAAAGCGGCUGCCAAGCUGAGGGCGGAAGGUUCCGAGAUCAGACUGGCCAAGGUGGACGCCACUGAAGAGUCGGACCUGGCCCAGCAGUAUGGCGUCCGGGGCUACCCUACCAUCAAGUUCUUCAAGGACGGAGACACGGCUUCCCCCAGGGAGUACACAGCUGGCAGAGAAGCCGACGACAUCGUGAACUGGCUGAAGAAGCGCACGGGCCCCGCCGCCACCACCCUUGCCGACGGGGCUGCUGCGGAAGCCUUGGUGGAGUCCAGCGAGGUGGCCGUCAUCGGCUUCUUCAAGGACGUGGAGUCGGCCGCGGCCAAGCAGUUCUUGCUGGCCGCAGAGGCUACAGACGACAUCCCCUUUGGGGUCACAUCCAACAGCGACGUGUUCUCCAAGUACCAGCUGGACAAGGACGGGGUCGUUCUCUUCAAGAAGUUCGACGAAGGCCGGAACGACUUCGAGGGCGAGGUCACCAAGGAGAAGCUGCUGGACUUCAUCAGGCACAACCAGCUGCCCCUGGUCAUCGAGUUCACCGAGCAGACAGCCCCCAAGGUCUUCGGGGGCGAGGUCAAGACGCACAUCCUGCUGUUCCUGCCCAAGAGCGCGUCCGACCACGCGAGCAAGCUGAGCAGCUUCAGGGAGGCCGCCGAGGGCUUCAAGGGCAAGAUCCUGUUCAUCUUCAUCGACAGCGACCACUCGGACAACCAGCGCAUCCUGGAGUUCUUCGGCCUCAAGAGGGAGGAGUGCCCGGCCGUGCGGCUCAUCACGCUGGAGGAGGAGAUGACCAAGUACAAGCCCGAGUCGGCCGAGCUGACGGCGGAGGCCAUCCGCACCUUCUGCCAGCGCUUCCUGGAGGGCAAGAUCAAGCCGCACCUGAUGAGCCAGGAGCUGCCGGACGACUGGGACAAGCAGCCCGUCAAGGUGCUGGUCGGGAAGAACUUCGAGGAGGUGGCCUUCGACGCGCGCAAGAACGUCUUCGUGGAGUUCUACGCCCCGUGGUGCGGCCACUGCAAACAGCUGGCCCCCGUCUGGGAUCAGUUGGGUGAGGCCUACAAGGACCACGAGGACAUUGUCAUCGCCAAGAUGGACUCCACGGCCAACGAGGUGGAGGCGGUGAAGGUGCACAGCUUCCCCACGCUCAAGUUCUUCCCCGCCGGCGCCGGCAGGACGGUCAUCGACUACAACGGGGAGCGGACGCUGGACGGUUUCAAGAAGUUCCUGGAGAGCGGCGGCCAGGAAGGGGCGGGCGGUGACGACGACCUGGAAGAUCUGGAAGAAGCGGAGGAGCCGGAUCUGGAGGAGGACGCCGACCAAAAAGCUGUGAGAGACGAGCUGUGACGCGGCCGACCAGGCCCGGGCGCCCGCACCGGCCCCUCCCGGCGGGCUGCGCAGCCUCCGGCCGCCGCGGCCCCUCCCGGAGAGGGCGCACUGAUCGGAAAUGCAGGGGACUCUGCUGAGGCCACACGCGCUCUACCCCACGUGGAAACCUAAGCCCGUCUUCCUUCGCUUUUCAACUUUCGGAAAGGGGUUUAUCUCCGGACCAGCCCAGCCCAUCUUCAGCUCGGUGGGCCUAUUUUUAAUUGUGAUGUACCUUUUCGUACAUGGCUUUGUCCAGAGUGCUCCCUGAAUGUUUUAGGAUCUCACGCUGGCCACGUCUCAUCCUAUUGGGUUUAUAUUGUCACUUGCAGAAUUCCGUCGGUGGGAUUUUUAGACAUUUUGGGGACAUCAGGGGGGUGGUCCAGCUUGGCGAGGCCUCUCUGGAGACUCCUGUCCCCUGUGUGGGGCGGGACCAGGCCGGGCUGGACGGUCCCUCACUUCACGUGGUGUCACCAUGGCAGAGCGUGGCUCCCGCAUCCUUUGGUUCAACGGAAACUUGAGGUCUCCGUCACAAGGGCCCCCCCCGCCGCCGUGACUGGAGGGGGCCGCUGGGCCCGGACAGGCCCAGCGGCCCCCUCCCUCCCCAAGCCAGGGUCUUCAUGGCUCAGUGACCUCCAGGUGGCCUGAGGCCUGCACCAGCGGAACGCUGACCUUCUGUCUCAGGCUGGGAGGCGGCCGAGGCUACCUGAGCUGAACUGCACGCUCUUGAGGCGUUUCUACCCCGAUGUUGGAAUUGGACACAUUGGCCAAAUAAAAUUGAAAUAUUCUGCC